CCCUCGGAUACGCGGAAAUAAUAAUGAUAAUAUUCGUGACUGACGGGAUUUUCCAGCACCACAGAAUCGGAUUUAGGCGUUUCGUACCAGGAAAAAAGAUCCUCCCCGUCAAUUUAUUCAUUAAUGAAACAUCGCCACUGACCUACGGCAAGUUCGUAUCGUUCUCUGUGUGCUGCGCGUGCCUCAUACGGCAUUGUGACGUCACGUACAUCAAUACGGAAGAUUCGGCCAUAGUUUCGUGUUGUGGACGGCGAUAUUAGUUAAAAACACAUUUUAGAAGAUGUCCACUGGGGACUCGUUAGGAGCACCGGCUGCUGGAGGUGGCGAAGAUGGGAUCGUCGGAGGGCCUAGAACGCCCCAGCAGGUGGCGGCCCAAAGAAGGCUCCAACAGACCCAGGCCCAAGUAGACGAGGUUGUCGACAUAAUGAAAACCAACGUGGAAAAGGUCCUGGAGAGAGAUCAGAAGCUAUCGGAACUCGACGAUAGAGCAGAUGCCCUUCAACAAGGAGCUUCGCAAUUUGAGCAGCAGGCAGGAAGACUCAAAAGAAAAUUCUGGUUACAAAACUUAAAGAUGAUGAUUGUCAUGGGACUUAUUGGAUUGGUGAUUUUAGCUAUUAUUGUCAUGAGAUUCAUGCCAGAGGAAAAGCCUCCAAACCCUUAUGCCCAGUACUAUCCCCCACCACAGCCACCAGUACCAGUACAGCCUGCGCAAGGGUCAGGAACACCUGCUCCACAAACCGGUUAAAUCUAGUCAUUUUCAUAUCACACACAACCGAAGGAAAAUUCUUUUUUCUCUCAAUCAUCAUUUCAUUAGAUAUAUCGAAGGGGGGGAAUGUUUAGAAGGGAAAAAUCACUUUAGGAACAAUCUAAAAGAGCAAGAUAAUCACUCACAAAUAGUCAGAAAUAAUGGGUUACCAAAAAACGUUGCAAAUAUUGGAAAAAAAACCUAGUGGCCCUAAACUGAACAUUCUCUCCACUCGUUGAACGAUUUGUGCCAGAGAUAAAAUCCAAAUUAUUCGAAAACUGAGACCAAAACUACCACAGCACGACAGGAAUCAAAUCGAUCAUUUUACAUCCCAAAUUCCACGAUUCUGUUAAACGAACAACAAAGCCAGACAGACACGAAUAUAUAUUUCCAGGAAAUUUACGAAAUUUACUCUGGCCUCCAACCCUGCACUUUUUUUUUAAUUGUGAAAAUGCAAUUUUAUAUAAGACAUACUUUCCAUUCACAACAAUACAAUAAAAAAAUAACCCCAGACGAAAUUGAUAUCGAUUUUAUUAGGUGACUUUUCUUUGUUGAAUAAUGAUAAACGAAACUUUUGAUGUUAGGAAUAAAUCUAAUAAAUGGUUAUCUUCAAUACUUGUUCAUUCAUUCACUGAUGUUACUUCAAAAUUCACGUUUCCUAAAUCUAAUUUACGAUAUUUCUUAAUUCUACCGUUAAUAUUUACUUGUUAGUAUCAGAAUGAGCUACACCAACUUGUAAAAAAAAAUUAUUUGUGUGAAUACAUAUGUGUAAGAUAAUUCAAUAUGUAAAUAAUACUCACUGGUCUUCAGAGCAUACAAUAAUAUUAUAAAGAUAUAUAGAUUAGGGAAUAUUUGGAUGAAGUCACAUUUGUUAAUGCACCAUAUACAAGGCAAGGUGAAACAAUCUUUGGUAGUUGAAAAAUUAACAAUAACACCAAAAUUUAUAGUCUAAACCUGGUCUGGCAACUUGCCCUGUAUAUGUGGCGUAUAUUUGAUGUCUUAAUGCGGUUUAAACAAUAAUAUAUAUUGAAAAACAAUGAAAAUGGUGGAUGCCACCCUUUAACAAGCUUUACAGUAGAAAUUCUCUACAAGGCACUUAAUACCAAAGUAUAGACUGAUCGGUCUUAUAAAGCUUGAACCUUCACUAUAAAAAGAUGGAUUAGCAGAGGUAAAUAGUGGUUAGAACUAGAAAUUGGUGGAAUGAAAAUAGGAAAAUAUAGAAUAUAAGAGGAAUGGUGAAAGUUCUUCGAAACAACUAUAGCAAAAAACCUAAUACAUUUGUUUUAAUUCAAAGGGUUAUUAUUCGUUCGUUGCUCUAUUUGAUCAGUUGGAAUCUAGUAACCGAAGUUUAUACUGUGUAGAUUUCGCAUACUAUAUUGAAUGUAAAAGAUACUCAAUUUAUUAUUUCCAGAAAUGCAUAUUUGUUUAUUACGAAGAGUAUAUCGAAAUUGAAUAAAAAUGUUGAAAAUCAA